AUGUAUUCCAUUAUUGUCACAGUCAUCUUAAGUGACAUUUAGUUUGAAAAUAGCAUUGUGUCUUAAAACUAUUACAACAUAAUGAUUUUCUUUUAUGCUUCUGUCUUUGUUGAAUCUAUUUUCUAGUUAGCGCAAGAUUAUGAUACAACUGUAAUUAAACUAGUUGAAUCAGUCACUUUUUAAUAAAAACCACUAUUUGGAUAAAAAAAGUAAUCACAAGUCUUUCAUCUAGUAGACGGAGCACUAGUUAUAGAAUUAUAUUUAAUCUCUUUAUCAUUAAUAUAUUUUUAUCACUCUGUUAUGGGUAUAGUCACAAUUACCAAAAACUGUAGCUCCAGUAACAGCCAAUUUUCAGGUUCUAAUAAAACCGAUGGAACUAAAUUUACCCUCUUUAACAUUGCUCAAGUUAUACAGAAUCUGGAUGUUAUGGCGAAGCAGAUUAUACAUAUAACUUCUCUUACCUUAUUGGUUAACUACACAAACCAAAUCAUGUAGAUUAAUGUAAUUUGAAGUUAUAGAUGAGAGUAUCAAUAAUUCUGCUUGAGAUGAUGUUAUUCCUGGUGAAAAAUGUGUUUGUAGUACAAGAAGCAUGUAAUGGAGAAAGAUUAAAUGGUACAAAUAAAGUUGCUUGUGCAUUCACACCUAAUUCAGCUACUGAUAAAGUUAACGGAAGUGCUACACUAAUUCUUCUUAGUUGA